UCUACGUUUAAGGUCUUUCAUAUCUAAGUUUCAUACCUCCUCAUGCCAAUUCCGCACCAUGGCAGACCCAGAACUCGAGCUCCCAAUGACCUCCUCCCAACUCGGGUUCAAUGCAAGCAUUGCGGGAAUAAGCACGGUAAACCCGGCGUGCCAGGACCCUGAGUGCCCCACAUCCGACAACAUCGCAGACUUUGAAAAGUAUCCAGAAAAAGGUGAGAAGGAGGAGGAUCAGGAAGAACCAGAGCUGGGAGAAUUUAUUUAUCACUAUUUGGAAUUCCAGACAGAGCUCCCAAGCCCUACAACAAUCUAUCCCUUAUCAGAAGGACAGGGAGAAGCUCCACCACCGCCGAAUUUGGUCAAGUAUACUUCGCCAUUCGAAUGGUCGAAUACCAGGAAGAACGUUAUCAUCUGGGUCUCAUGUAUUAUCACCGCACUUACAGCUUUUACUGCGGGCGCGUACGGCCCAGGCGUCGGCCAGAUGACGGAGGAAUGGCAUGUGAGUAAUGUGGCGGCGUUGGUAGGAAUUACAACUUUCACUAGUGGAUUUGCAGUAGCCCCGAUGGUCCUUGCCCCGUUCUCAGAAAUCCAAGGUAGAAGGCCUGUUUUCAUUGUUUCUGGGAUCCUCUUCGUCAUCUGCCAACUCUGCACCGGAUUGACUCGCUCAUACGCGGGCAUGCUUGUCGUACGCUUCUUUGUAGGAGUAGGUGGCUCAACAUUCUCCACCAUGGUUGGGGGCGUGGUCAGCGAUAUCUACCAUACAGAAGACCGUAAUACCCCAAUGGCUCUUUUUUCAGGCGCUGCCCUCUUCGGCACCGGCUGGGGUCCACUUGUUUGCGGCUUCAUUGCGCAAAAUAUAACAUGGCGCUGGAUCUUCUACAUGCAAACGAUAACAUGUGGGGUGAUGGUCGCGUUGAUUACCGUCAUAUUCAAGGAAACCAGGGGCAGUGUACUCCUCAGCCGGAAAGCAAAAGCUUUGAACAAAUGGUACGAGACGCGAGAAGAGGCCGGCUACUACGGCUUCGAAAUGCCGGAUCCAAAUUGUCCCGGUUCCAAGGUUUCUCAACGGAUCCGUUGGAAAGUGAAGGCCGACGAGGAGCGGAGUAGCUUGGCCAAGAUGAUUGGAAUCUCUUUAUAUCGGCCAUUCCAUCUCUUAUUAACCGAACCGGUUGUAUUCUGGUUUUCGCUCUGGGUGUCCUUCAGCUGGGCGGUUCUCUACCUCACUCUUGCCGCCAUUCCCCUUGUGUUCCAACACAACCAUGGCUUCAGUCUGCAGCAAGCCAACGCAGUUUUCGCUGCCAUGUGUGUGGGCUCGAUAUUCGCAACAAUCAUUUCUAUAUACCAGGAGAAGAUUGCAAAGGCACAUGGAAAACUUGCUAGCACACCAGAGGGCCGCUUGUACUUCGCUUGCAUCGAGAGCGCAUGCAUGCCAAUUGGUUUAUUUAUGUUUGGAUGGACGUCGUUUCCGGAUAUCCCAUGGAUUGUGCCUACCAUCGCUGUAUCAAUUGCCACGGUUGGAAUCUUUGCGAUUUAUUUGUCAGUCUUCAACUACUUGGCUGAUACCUAUCAUCGGUAUGCUAGCUCAGCUUUAGCCGCGCAGUCGUUCUGCAGGAACAUGCUAGGUGGCGUGUUCCCGCUGAUCACAACCCAAAUGUACAAUCGCUUGACAUACGGUGGUGCAAGUAGUCUCCUCGGCGGCAUAGGAACGCUCCUUACACUGGUGCCAUGGAUCCUAGUGUUCUACGGGCCAAAGAUCCGAGCGAGGUCAAAGUUUGCGAGUGCACAGGCUCAUGAAUGA